AUGCAAGCCCUCGAGCACCUGCCCACGUUCGUGCCUCGCGACCAGAAAAGCGAAUUCCAGUCUUUGUGGGAAAACCCCUGGCACUUGAUCAAGCCGACGUCUUGCAACGAGGAUUGUACACAAUGCAAGCGCCAAUUUCAGACUCUGGAGCAGCAAGCUACGUAUAUGAUCUGGCGAUACUCAGGGGUGAACACCGAACAACAAGCAGAAGCCAACACGAGACGCCUGACAAGCGAGGCCAAGAAGGACCAGGACUACGUACGACAACGGCUACUUGCACAUGGUGAUACUCUGGUCAAUCGAUGA